UGAAAAUGUUCACAAAUGUGAAUAAGGACUCAUUUUGUAAUGAGAUCUCUGCGUGUGGUGGCGAUACCAAUGAUAAUAAUAUGGUGACCCCCAGUGUGACCGAUGACCCCAGUUGUAACUUUUGUGUUACAGUUGUCACCAAUAUUAAGGAUAUAGUGAGCGGAGGGCCCACAGAGUUGGAGGUGAAGUACUUCGUUGAGGACGCCUGUCAUUACUUGGGAAGCUUUGAGAAUGAGUGCGUAAGUCUGGCCGACGAAUACCUCGACACUCUGUUUGCUUAUAUCCGACAAUCACUUCAACCGCAGAAGUUUUGUCAAUCGAUCGGAGCGUGUAAUACAACUGUUGCAGCCAUACAAACCAAUAGAGUGGCCGAUAUAUCAGAGGUGGUGAACAUAUUUCCCGCACAAAUGCCUUUAACUCCGCUAACAAAUGCUGAGCCCAUCGAAAGAGCGGAUGAUAUGGAGUGUAUUAUUUGCAAACGGAUUGUCAAAUACGUUGUCGACGAGUUGAAAGACAACCGCACAGAAGAGGCUAUCAUAGAAGCCCUCCAAAGGAUCUCGGAUGAUAUGGAGUGUAUUAUUUGCAAACGGAUUGUCAAAUACGUUGUCGACGAGUUGAAAGACAACCGCACAGAAGAGGCUAUCAUAGAAGCCCUCCAAAGGAUCUGUUCUCUGUUUCCUCAGAAGGAUCGCACCAAAUGUAACGCUUUCAUCGAUCAAUACGCCAACGAACUGAUCCACAUUCUGGUGGAAGAGGGCGACCCAGACCUCGCCUGCACUCUUCUCGGCGUUUGUGUGCCUUCGAGUGUAUGGAAAGCACUUCAACGACCAGAAGACGAAAGAGAAGGACUGAAAAACGAGACAAAGACUGCCAUCAAAUGGUCUGAAGUGGAAGUGGAGAGCGUGUCCAUUGAGUCGACAUCUGAUUCGGUCAACAAAAACAAGUUAUGCUUCGAAUGCGAACUUCUGAUGCAUUUCAUACAAAACGAAUUAUACGAUUACAAGAACGAGGAACAGAUCGAAGACUUCAUUGAACACAAACUCUGUCCCCGAAUGCAAGUCGUCAUCACAAAGGAAGCGUGCGAUACAUUCAUCCAACAGUACGGCCCACAAGUG